CGCGGGGCCCCGGCGCGCCCCGCUCCCGCCGCCCCCCGCCCGCAGGUGCAGGGGGCUGGCAUUCGGCAGCUGGAAAAAGCUGGUUGGAGUUUGCACUUUAAGCUCACGGCUGGGAGGGAGCCGGGGCUGGGAGCUGGUCCGGGCGCCCAGCGCCGCGGGAGGAUGGCGCGGUGGCUGCGGCCCCUGGUGGGAGCCCUGCUCCUGCUCGAGGGGGCGGCCGCCCUCAGCUUCCUCCACCAUCGCUACGAGGAGCUGGUGCAGGCCCUGUUCCGCGUGCAGAGCCAGUGCCCCUACGUCACCCGCAUCUACAGCAUCGGCCGCAGUGUCGAGGGCCGACACCUCUACGUGCUGGAGUUCAGCGACUCCCCGGGCGUGCACGAGCCCCUGGAGCCAGAGUUCAAGUAUGUUGGAAACAUGCAUGGGAAUGAGGUGCUGGGCCGUGAGCUGCUGCUGCAGCUCUCUGAGUUCCUGUGCGAGGAGUACCGCCGGGGAAACGAGCGGAUCACCCGCCUCAUCCAUGACACGCGCAUCCACAUCAUGCCCUCCAUGAACCCCGACGGGUACGAAGUGGCUGCCAAGCAGGGCCCAGACAGCAACGGGUACUUGACAGGGAGGAACAAUGCCAAUGGAGUGGACUUGAACCGCAACUUCCCUGACCUCAACACACUCAUGUACUACAGCAGGGAAAUCAGCGGGCCAAAUCACCACAUCCCACUGCCUGACAACUGGAAAAGCCAGGUGGAGCCAGAGACAUUGGCUGUGAUCCAGUGGAUCAGCAGCUACAACUUUGUGCUCUCAGCCAAUCUGCACGGUGGAGCAGUGGUAGCAAAUUACCCCUAUGACAAGUCUCAAGAUCAGCGGUUCAGGAGCCACCGGCGCACGGUCAACACACCUACCCCUGAUGACAAGUUGUUUCAGAAGCUGGCCAAGACCUACUCGUACGCCCACAGCUGGAUGCACCGUGGCUGGAACUGCGGGGACUACUUUGCCGAUGGCAUCACGAAUGGGGCAUCCUGGUACUCGCUCAGCAAAGGCAUGCAGGACUUCAAUUACCUCUACACCAACUGCUUUGAAAUCACCCUGGAGCUGAGCUGCAACAAGUUUCCCCCCGAGGAGGACCUGGAGCGGCAGUGGAUGGCCAACCGAGAGGCCCUUGUUGCUUUCAUUGAAGAGGUUCACCAGGGCAUCAAAGGGUUGGUGUCAGACGAGAACAACAACGGCAUUGCAGGAGCAGUGAUUUCCGUCCAGGGAAUCAGCCAUGACAUCACCUCUGGUGAUAUGGGGGAUUAUUUCCGGCUGCUGCUGCCUGGCACUUACACUGUCACAGCCUCUGCAGAGGGGUACCAUCCCCAGACGGUGACAACAACAGUGGGCCCAGCUGCACCUUCAUUGGUGCAUUUCCAGCUCAAACAAGAAGUGGUGAGGAAGCCCCCGGAGCGUAAAGCCUCAGGCACACGCGUGAACAACAAAGCCCUUCAGAAGAAAGUUGUGCCAAGAGCCACCCGCCGGGGGACCCAAAGAUGAGGACAGCUCACUUGGCAGAGAGCUGGGGGAAGCCGUUUACAUGAGGUCUGGCUGAUGACUCCAACAGUGAACUUUCCAACAGUCCAGCAUGAAACUAGCCCACAUUAUUAGGUUAUUAAA